AUGGAGAAGAAACAUAUUCUCCUACUAAUCUUCUUCUCCCUCUUUUUACUCAAACCAAUCGCCGAUGCCAAGGACAACUGUUCGCCGGUAUCCUGCGGCCCCAACGAACCAGAAAUACGGUUCCCGUUUCGUAUCCUCGGCCGGCAAUCGAACCAAUGCGGUUUCUCCGGCUUUGACAUCUUCUGUGACGAACAAAACAAAACAAUCAUCCUACUCCCGUUAUCCCUCACUUACAUCGUCAACAAAAUUUCCUACCUCGAACAGGUGAUCUACAUAGAUCCAGAAUUCUGCCUCCCAAACCGAAUUGUCAGUGUCAAUAUGACCAAUACGCCAUUCCGAAGUCACUUAUGGAUGCAGAGCUACACCUUUUACAACUGCUCCUUACAGAACAACCACAGCUUCAACUUCUCCGACGCCAACGUUCCAUUCCCUUGCCUGAGCAACGGAAAUGACUCGAUAAUUGCUGUGGAGAGCAAUCCUUGGAUUUCUGGGCACAUGCCUUCGAGUUGUAAGGUUAUGACGACGAUCGAUGUGCCUGUUGGGUUUAACAGCGACUUUGGAGAUCAAUUGGAGAUGAUGUGGUUCACUCCGUUUUGCAGAUCUUGUGAAAGUGAAGGUAAAGCUUGUCGAUUGAAGAGUGAUGAUAAUGAUAAUGGUGAUGGACAGACGAUAUGUGUUUCCCGCGGAAAAGGUAUUUCUAGGAUUGCUAUGUACGGAUUGAGCGUAGGCAUAUGUGGUUCCACAUUAAUAUGCAUAAUGGUGUUUAAACGCUACGCGUCUUCUAGAGUACAAGCCCAUGACGACUCUAAUAAUCAAGGCAUUGGCCUUUCCACAAUUGCAAUCAUCCGACAACCCGCCUCCAAAACGGGUUUAGAUGGGUCCACGAUCGAGUCUUAUCCAAAAACCGUGUUUGGAGAGAGUUGUAGAUUGCCUAACGAUGAUGCUACUUGUGCUAUUUGUCUUUCCGAUUACAAGUCUAAAGAGUCGUUGAGAACAAUCCCGGAAUGUAAUCACUAUUUCCAUGUAGAAUGCAUAGACGAGUGGCUCAAGUUAAAUGCGACAUGUCCCGUAUGCAGGAAAACGCAAGAAAGUUCCACGUUGGUUACUCGUUCCAAGGCAUCAUCAUCGAGUUCUGUAGAUUUAUCGUAG